GGAAUGCAGGCGAACAAAGCACUAUUCACGAUUCCACUCGUUCACAAAGAGGCAGGCGAUUAGAACUCCGUCAAAUAAAGAAUACGCGUUCUGAGCUUUGCUCAACACUGGGAGUUGACCCAUAGGCUAAUGGAUUUUCUUUGUGUACAAAAUAUUGUUGAUGUAUUUGAUUAUAAAACAAAAGAGGAGGUCCGGACCUCUGUGUCAUGGCCUUGCCGUACCAAGCGGUGAUGCUGGCAGUCAAGAUGCUCUCAAUGGUGCAGCGGUAGAACCAAAUAUUUUCAGGCUCCCGAGGAGGGAAGAGGCAUUGUCGUGUCUUCUUCACGACUGUUGGUGCGUGUGGACCAUAUUAUUUCCAUAGUGAUGUGAUAUUUCACUAACGGUAUGUAUUUACUAAGUUUAAUAGGUUCACGCCUAUGCCCACGAAGCAGCCAAUAUUUUAGAGCGAAGCGUUGUCAAGCGAAGGCGCCGGUUCCGGUCAAAACACUGUGUUUGCGCCAGCCGAAAAGAGCCCUGGGCUUGUAGUAACGUAGUAAAACAGUACCGUAUUUCAAAGAACAGCGCGCAUACCCCUUUUCAUUCAACCACACCCUUUGAGAUAUGACGCACGCCAAUAAGAUCCUUUCUCUUCAGUGUAAACGGAAGUGAACAGUGACCAAGAACAAUUUCCACUAUAUCGUUUUAAUUUGUUAUUUAGACGUUUAUUAACACCAUGGAACUCAACAUAUUACUACUUUAACUGCACGGCAUCACAUAUUUACUUCAGGUUGUGUUUAAUUCCCGUUGGAGACAGGGCUUGGUUAAUAGAUGUUAUCUAGGUAACGCUAGCUAACAAUGGCUAACUGUAUGGUUUUUCACACUCAAAUAGCCUCCAUCAUGGAGGUGCUAGCUAACGCAGCUGUGGCAGAGAUCUGUAAACUCGUAGACGACGACUAUGCAGUGAUCCGUUUGGAAAUGUCUCAAAGCCAGAAAGAAAACAGGGGAUUGCGGAGGAAACUACAGCUACUGGAACUGAAGGUGGCACGGGAGCGCGCAGAGCGCGUCCUCGCCAGUCGUCCCAGUAGUGUCAAGAUCCUCGACCGAUACAGAGGAAUGGCAAGAGGUGAAGGACAUCUCACUGGAGGCCACAGGGGCUUUGUGAAGCCAGUGGGACACAAUACAUGGAGAGAUGACCAACCAAUCACGGUUGAUGAGGGGAGUGGAUCCUCAACCCAGCACGUUAUCGUUAUAGAGUAUGCAGAUGCAGAGGCUGCAGGUCCUGGGGUUAAGCAGGAGAGGUCUGAAGGAGAGGAGAACAAACGACACAACAGAGACAUCCAGACUGGAGCAGCGGCUGGAGUGGUUCCCCCUGUGGCUACGGAGGACUCUUCCACCACCCCAUCGCAGCCCAGGACGCGACGCAGCAUCACGGAGGUCAGUGGAACGCUGAACGCCGUCCUCAAGUCAGAGACCGACACAGAGACUUUAACUGUAACACAAAGGCUUUUGCACACAGGAUCUGACCACAGAUCAGACCCAGAGAGACUGGGGCCAGUGGGCUGUUCUCCUGCUCCCAGUUCAGAGUAUUUACUUUACGGUAACCCAAGCCCGAGGACGGUUCAUUCUCAUCAGGACUCAGGGGACGUGUUAGAGACUGGCAAUGAUCCGUCUUGUUCUUACACUACAGAGCUGGACACUGGCAAAAUUCCCUUGGGUUUAGAGACACAGACUGUUCUCUCUAGAGGGGAUUGGAACCAGUACAGUAGUAGUGUAUACUCUGAAGGGUGCGUAGAGGGUCUGGUCGUAGAUAAAGUGACUGUGAAAGUGGAGGGCGAUGUCCCUUCCACAUGGAAUGCAGAUAGUCACCUAGGAGAUGGACACUCACAGGGCAGAGAUUUCUUAGAAAACAGGGAAAGCUUGGAGACAAAUCCAAAUGUCGUUACCCACUCCCCUUUACACGCAUUCAGCGGUCGCGACCCAGUGUCCACGUCGAUGCGGCCUUCCGAUUCGCACAGCCGUGUCCUUUUCGAUCAGGUAUUGAACUCAAACGACAGGGCUAGAGCCCAGGCUCAGGGAAGAGGAGCCACAUCAGGCAAUAGUAAAGAGAAACAGUUCCUGUACAAGUUCUGUAACAAAGGCUUCAGCUGCACCCAGAAGGUGGACAUCCACCAGAGGGUCCACACAGAGGAGAAACCAUUCAUCUGUACCCAGUGUCACAUGCGCUUCGCCCAAGCUGGCACCCUGAAGAGGCACCAGAGGGUCCACACAGGAGAGAAACCCUUCAAAUGUACCCAGUGUCACAUGCGCUUCGCCCAGGCCGGUGACCUGAAGAGGCACCAGAGGGUCCACACGGGGGAGAAACCCUUCAGGUGCCCCCAGUGUGAGAAGAGGUUCUCCCGCCAGGACCAGCUGAAGAUGCACCUGAAGAUCCACAUGGAAGAAAGGCCGUUUGCGUAGCUACCUCAGGGUGCACCAGCAGAAUAACCAUUCCACUCAAUAACAGACCAAGAACGUAACCAUUUCUACUUGAUACUGUUGCUUCUGAUAUUUAGAUCAAAUUUAAAGACAAAGGUGAAUUUUCAUUGUUGUCAACAGAACAGAUCCACAGAUGCAUUUGGAAUAACAAGAGUAACAGAUUUCAGUGUUGAAUAUUCCUGGGUAUAAUAUUGCAUCCAGACAUUGUGUGAUAUAUAAGGCAUAUUAUAAGCCUAAAAAGUCUGUUACAUAAUGUAUUUGUACGGUUUUGGCUAUAUGUUUUAUUACUUCCAUUCAACUACUUCAAUUGUUUCCCAAGACACUUUCUAUUUGUUAUUAAGAAAAGAAAAAAAAAUACCCCCUUUUUUUCACCAAUUUCGUCAUAUCCAAUUGUUAGUUACAGUCUUGUCUCAUCGCUGCAACUCCCGUACGGACUCAGGAGAGGCGAUGGUCGAAACACAACCCUGCCAAGCCGCACCAAUGUGUCGGAGGAAACACCGAACACCUGGCGUGCACUGCGCCCAGGCCGUCACAGGAGUCACCAGGACUUCCCGUCCGGCCAUACUCUCCCCUAACCCGGACGACGCUGGGCCAAUUGUGCAUCGCCUCAUGGGUCUCCCGGUCAUGGCCGGCUGCAACACAGCCCGGUAUCGAACCAAGAUCUGUAGUAACGCAGCUAACACUGCGAUGCAGAGACUUACACCGCUGCGCCACUCGGGAGGCCCCCAAGACACUCCUAAUGAGAAAAUGUAUGUGUAUUUAUUGUUGAUACGUGUAUGUGUGGUUUUCAUAUGGUGUAUGAUAAGCACCUAAAUUCUAAUGCAGUGGCUGUACAGUAAUAUGCUAUAAAUGACAUCAGUGCUCAGGCUCGGUUUGGGUUUUGACUGACAGCUGUUCUGAACUUGAGCACAACAUGCGACAAGUUGCCCUCAUCGCUCCCGCUAAUUUGGCAACGUUUUUGUUGUCUGAGUGAAGGAAAUGCUGUAAAUUAAGAGGACUCAAUCUAUUUUGAAAGAUGAGAUGUUAAGGAUUAUAAUAAAUACCACUUUGAUGUCAUACAAGCAAG